UUUUAUUUGUUCUUAAAAUUCUUUGAACAGUGGAUAAGUUUAUGGUGCGGCAGAUUAUGGACGAUUAUUUAUUAGUAGAAACGUACAAGACAUCAACCAAUUGGAAAAAAGAUGAAGCUCCAGCGCUGGAUACGAAUCAAUAUAGUGACCAAAUCAAAAAUAGCACUGCUGAAGUGGAAUUUUCAUGUGCAAAUAAAAGAUUCAGAGUUGGGAGUUACGUGCGUGCUACAUAUGCUGAUCAAGUAGACUAUGAAGCACAAAUAAUUAGUAUUAACGAACAAAUGUGUGUUAUACAAUAUUGUGGGUAUAAUAAUUUAGAGGAAGUUUCUCUGUCUGAUCUUACUAUGUCGUUUGGAAAGAAAGCGAGACGCGACCAAAUUAUUAAAGCGAUGCACAUAAAUGACAAUGCGAGCAACAAUGUCAACCGAGAUAUUCAGUAUCAACAGGGUACCGCACACAUACCCCCUCCACCGCCAUUACCGCCUAUUUUUACAAAUAGUAGCUGCUCUCACGAUUCUGCACAUCUUUCUGCAAUGCUAAUGGCUUGGUAUAUGAGUGGUUAUUACACUGGAAUAUAUCAGGGAAUUCAUAUAUCUAAAAUUUAAUAAGACUAAAAUAACUAAAAAUGUAUUAAAAUAUUUUGUAGUAAAAUUAAGAUGUAUUUCAUUGUAAAUUUGAGGACUUGUGACAUGUUUUAUAAUGAAACUAAAUAAAACACUUGUUUUACCGUGUUUGCAUUGUUGCAUAGUGUUGUGCAUAAUAAAAUCCACCAAAAUGAGCACACCAAAUAAAUAAGUUUUCUUGUCCACUGUUUUACUUUUUAUUAA